AUGCCAGCGGCGAAGUCGACAGCGAAACCCAAGACCCCGCGGCAGACGAAGCUCAACUUCGGCGCUGCGAAUGGGUCCGGAUCCAAGGCCUCGGCCUCGAAACAGAAGAAGCCGGCCAACGGCAAUAUUUUGAACUUUUUCAAGAAGGUCGAGAUUGAAGAACAACUGUUCCUCGACGCGCCCAGCGGCUCGUCGACGGCCAUCCUGCUCUCGAGCCCCAGUAGGGACGCCGACAACGAGAACGAUUCCUGCAACUUAGAGACCGCGCCGACGAGGUACAAUGAAGAUUAUGGCUCGUCUAAGCGGCGCAAAAUGAGCCACGAUGGCUCGGACGACAUAGAGGACUUGUUCGAUGGCGGCAAGCCUGACAACGCUUCCGAACUCGAGAAUUCAACCAAGCCCUUGACGCAGAAGAAACAGAAACAGAAGAAAGCACGGAAGGGUCCAUUCCUUGACGACUCGGACAGCGAAGAGGACGCCCUAGCUCAUAGCUCCCCCACAAGGCAAGAAACAACAGGAGAGCCCCCCGAUAACGCUAUGCUAAACCCGCCCACCAAAAUAGAGCCCUCACCAGUGCCCCCUAAUCUUUUACGAGACGAGAGUUGUUCGGCGGUCACCCAAGCCCUGACCCUGGAGAAAGAGGAUUCGAUAUAUGAUAAAUUCCAAGACCAAGACCUGGACGGCCUGGAUGGAGCAUUUGACGACGAGUUUGGUGACGAUGAGGAAGCCGGAGAAGAAUAUAGGUACAUGCGAUUCAUGCAGGAACAAGCACGUCUCGAGGCCGAGGAAGCGGGAGACCCAGCACCGGAAGACGCUACCUACAAGUACCCAGCCGAUGACGGUAUGACUCAGCGAUGCCCCCUAUGUGAUGCAAGCUUGGCAGGAAUCACUCCUGACGAGGCAACUGUCCAUGUGAACGGCUGCUUAGAUGGAAACCCGGUGCCAUUGCCAACACCGACAAAGCCUCCCAAGGAGGAUUCGGUGGAUGCCCCUGAAAUCGGCAAGCGCUUCGCAAAGGCGGCCGUGCCACGGCCUGGACAAGCCAACCCGAUCAGCCUCGGAGGAGGCGUGUCCUCCGGGAACAAGGGAGGCUCUGCCUUCAGCAAGUUGAUGUCAGGACAUGCCGAAGAUGCUGCGUGGGCUUCCGCGGCCGCUACUGAGCACGCUUCUCGAGGGAAGCCAGCCUACCAGCGUACAUGUCCCUUUUAUAAAAUCAUGCCUGGGUUCUUCAUCUGCGUGGACGCCUUUCGGUACGGUGCUGUUAAAGGGUGUAAUGCUUAUUUCUUGAGCCACUUUCAUAGUGAUCACUACGUCGGUUUGACAGCGAGUUGGACCCAUGGACCGAUUUAUUGUAGCAAAGUCACCGGGAGCUUGGUCAAAACGCAACUUCGGACAGCCGCGAAAUGGGUUCGAGAGAUCGAGUUUGAGGAGACAAUCGAGAUACCAGGGACAGAGGGGGUAACAGUUACCAUGCUGCCAGCUAAUCACUGCCCUGGCAGCUCCCUGUUUCUCUUCGAAAAGACGCUUGGGAAAGGGGCCAGCGCAAGAAAACAGCGGAUACUCCACUGCGGCGACUUUCGAGCCUGUCCGGCUCAGGUUACACACCCGCUCCUGAAGCCGGACAUCGUUGAUGCCAUUUCUGGCAAAACAAAGCAGCAAAAGAUUGACGUAUGCUAUCUUGACACCACUUACCUUAACCCGCGGUACUCCUUUCCGCCCCAGGAAGACGUCAUCAACGCUUGUGCCGACUUUUGCAAAUCCAUCUCUGGGGACCCCAAUGCCCUUGACGACGCCUUUGACGCCCUGAAACGCGAGAAGGGCACCGAGUCGGUCACCAAGUUCUUCACCAAGGAGCCGUCGAAUGCCGGCGAGGGCGAAGCCGUGCCCGAGCCCCCGAAGACGAAUUAUCGUCUGCUCGUCAUCUGCGGCACCUACUCCAUCGGCAAGGAGCGCAUCUGCAAAGCCAUCGCGCAAGCCCUCAACACCAAGAUCUUCGCCUCGGCCUCCAAGAUCCGCAUCAUCAAGCAGCUGGGCGACCCCGAGCUCUCGGCCCUGCUGACGUCGGACCCCCGCGAGGCCCAGGUGCACAUGCAGAUGCUGAUGGAGAUCCGCGCCGAGACGCUGCAGGAGUACCUCAACGGCUACAAGCCGCACUUCAGCCGCAUCGUCGGCUUCCGGCCCUCGGGCUGGAACUUCCGCAACCCCAGCUCCACGGCCAAGGCCGUCGGCGCCAACGUGAGCCCCGGCGCCGUCGCCACGACCCAGAUCCUGCACGGCACGGCGUGGCGCACGAGCUUCGGCGCCCGCGACUUUGUCGCCCAGCGCGGCAGCACCCGCGAGGCCAUGUGCUUCGGCGUGCCCUACUCGGAGCACAGCAGCUUCCGCGAGCUGGCCCUCUUCACCAUGGCCCUGCGCAUCGACAAGAUCGUCCCCACCGUCAACGUCGGGAGCGAGCCGAGCCGCAAGCGGAUGAAGGCCUGGCUCGAUCGGUGGGUGAGCGAGAGGCGCCGCGGCGGCCUUGUCAGGUUGUUAGAAGGCGAAGCUUGUCCAGCGGAAGAAGACGGUGACGGUGAUGGGAAAGCAAGGCAGAGAACUACCGCGAAGGCAACUGCGCUCUGGGAAGGCAAGGAUGGGCGAGGAGGUGGGGUUUAUUGGUAG